AUGGCUUCUCUCUCGUCAGUCUUGUCCAAGACGCUGCAGAGCAUCACGCGCACCAAGAUCCGUGAACUAGAUUCUCGCCGCAACUCGUACGAGACACGCAAGCGCGAGUGGCUCGAUAAGGUCGAUGCAGCGGCGGACCAGCGAGAUCGUCUAUCUGUCCUCGUCGAUGCAAUCAAAGACCUGUGCCCGUUCCGUAUCAGUACUAGCCUGGUGUCCAACAUUGAGCGCUGGCUCACCCAGUCCCCAUACGAUGCUUCGAUGCCCAUGUCCAAGCUAGCAAGCGUCGAUAGUCUGCUCCGUAACAGCCUCGACAUCGAGAGCCGCCGGCUGGACAUUGCCCAUCUAUACUCGCGCCUAUUGACUGAGUGGAUGGAUCAGGCCAAUUUCGACUCUUUGCCACCCUUGGCCAACCGCGACUCGGACCGUGAUGAUUCUUUCGAGCUUGUUGAGCGCCAACGCCAACCCCUUGCACAGCUCGUUGACAAUUUUGAGAGUGUUGCGUUUGAGCCGUUGGAGACGAGCGGUACAGAGAUGCGUGCCUACUUGGAUGGCCUGUUCCCCGACGAAGAGAGUCAAGAGGCUCUCGGGAAGAUGCGAAAAUACGUGCAGCGCUACAGCUCCGAACUAAUAGCCAACCUUACGCCCUUCAAAGAUACACCUCUUCGGUAUUAUAUUACCGGUCUGCUGACGGAAGAUAUCAUGGGCGAUGAGAAGCGGGCUAUCCUGAACUGCAUUCUCGAGAAUGAUGUCACGAUGGCCGAGAUUGCCGACGUGCUCAACUUGCGCUUUUCGGAUCUCAAACGGUGGCACUGGGAUCAGGGCAAGACGGAAUCCGCGUUGUCCCUCGCGCAGGCCUCAUCGAUGAUCUUCGUCCAGUACAUCGGCAUUGAGCUUUGCAUGAUACUGAAACGGGCCUUGGUGGAUUUCAUGUACGCCGUGUGCGCCAGGAAUAUCGAUGGCCAUCAAGCUCUGUCUCAGAGGGACUUAGACAGGCGCCAGUACUAUCUCAACAACUUUUCCCCGAGUCCCGACUGUCUCGAGGCGGACCGUCGAGAAACCUACCUCAAUGCUUUCUUUCUCUCCCAGCUCCCUAGCAACGUUGCAUCGCUUUCCAGCGGCGCGCAGCUGUACGACGACGAUGAUAACGGAAACUCCAAUAACCCGUCGAGCAUCAAGCAGAAACUUCUGCGGCAGCUCGCAGCCGAGCUUGACCCCUCCACCCUGUGGUGCCCUUAUGCGACCGGUCUCCCCCACACUACAAUGUAUUCUACUAUGCGCUACGUCGGCCUUGGCGAGGACUGGAUCGAUUUAAACAAGAAGUACCUCGAGGCUCCGUUGAACCUCGACGCUGCAUCCGACGAUCGGCCGCAGCUGGAACCGCGGCCUCCUAGGAGAGGCGUGCUAAUAGCGCACGCCUCGGAGAAGCUCGCAGGAGAGCUCGUCCUCUCUUUCAUGGAUCUUGCUGUCAAUCGCCGGACGGGAAUUCUCCUGUACCGGCUGCACGAUGACAUUUGGUUUGUUGGCGAGCCCGAGAGGAGCGUUCAGGCAUGGACCUGCAUGCAGGAUUUUGCCCAAAUCGUUGGCCUGGAGUUCAACAGGAGCAAAACAGGAUCCGUAUACCUGCCCUGGAACUCCGAGAAGGACACAAAAAUUGCCCAGACGCUGCCAAAGGGCCAAGUCGCGAUUGGCUUCCUUUGCAUCGACCCCGUAUCUGGGAAAUGGGUUAUUGACCAAAACAAAGUCAUGGCCCAUGUGGACCAGCUGGGAACGCAGCUCAGAGACAGCAAGAGCGUGCUGUCGUGGGUCCAAACAUGGAACAGCUGUAUCGGCCGAUUCUUUAGUCACACAUUUUGGGAGCUCCCACACUGUUUCGGGCGAGAACAUAUCGACAACGUCUUGGAUACGUACUCGAAGAUGCUCCAAAGGCUCUUUCCCAAUACUGGCGCGAGUGGAGGAAGUAUGGUAGAGCACCCCAAGGGCGUAAUCCAAGACCGAUUUGGUGUAGCCAAUCUCCCCCACCCCUUCAUAUUCUUGCCCGAGAGGCUAGGCGGGCUUGGGCUUCGGAGCCCAUUCAUAAACUUGUUCCUCGUUCGUAAUAAUACCGAGGAUCCCGAAGAUAUCAUCGAAGAACUCCUCAAAGACGAACGAGAAGAUUACCUGGCGCAUAAAAAGAUAUUCGAUGCUCUCAAGUUUAGCCGGUUCCGUGAGCGGAGAAACCGCUCUUUCCGCAACACAUUUGAGAAGCUCAUCACCGUCCCCAACAUGGGACCCAUUCACCUGAGCAGGGAAGUCUCCAGUGAGCUUGGUAUUUUUUAA